UAUCUUCUAUGGACUUAAGAAGGAAACUCCAUCCCUGGUAAGCAGAAAGUGAGAUCUUUCAUGGGCUUCAAUGAAACUGGUGUUGUUUUGGGUCAGUUAAGGAGACAACUCCAUCCCUGGUAAGCAGCAACCAAGAUCUUUCAUGGGCUGCAAUGAAAUUGGUGUUGUUUUGGAUCAGUUAAGGAGGCAACUCCAUCCCUGGUCAGCGUCAAGCGAGAUCUUUCAUGGACUUCAAUGAAAUUGGUGUUGUUUUGCGGCAGUUAAGGAGGCAGCUCCAUCCCUGAUAAGCAGUGCCCAAGAUCUUUCAUCCACAACAAUGAGGCCGAUGCUGGUUUUGGUCACUUGAGAAGGACGAAAGGGGAACAAGAUGCUACGGAUGCAAGAACCAGGCAGUAGUCCGAGCGGUGGCUUGGGUGACAUGAUUGGGAACCGGAAGCUGAUCGCCCUAGGGGCCAUCUUGGGCUGGCUCCUGGUGGUCCACUUGCUGGUCAAUGUCUGGUUGCUCUGCGUCCUCUCUGGGUUACUGGCCCUCCUGGGCGGCUGGCUGGGCUCCCAAGUGGUGGUCAGCACUAACCACAAGAUCCACCUGGAGAGGUUCUUGCUUCUUGAAAGGUACCCCCCAAGCCCCGAGGCAGAGAAGGAGCUGGAUGAGGAGAUCAAGAACAUGAUCCGGAAGAUCAUUCGGGAUUUUGUGUCCUCCUGGUAUCGUGCUGUGAGCAACGAGCGGGGCUUUGAGGAUGAGGUCGAGAGAGCCAUGCUGGGCCUGGCCAUGGAGCUCAAAAGGCGGAUGGCCCUCAUGGACAAGCAGGCCGUGACUCAGAAGGUCCUCCUCCUCGGCGGGUGCCACCUCCAGACCUAUAAAACAGCUCGGGAAAAGGUGGCAGAAAGAAGAAUCUCCCGAGACUCAGCCAACUGGGCUGACCAGAUCUGGCAAACCUAUUGUGAAUUUUCAGAACCUCAUGUGGCAGUCCGGAGCCCCACCAGUGAGGUGGACUAUGCCCGACAUCUCGUGGACCUCCUGCUGCGUGACCUGGUGCCCAAACCCCACCUGGAAACCAGAACCGGACGUUUUGUAGUGGUAGAGUUGGUGACUUGCAACGUGCUUUUGCCCAUGAUCAACAGAAUGGUGGACCCCGACUGGCUCAACCUGCUCUUGAUUGCCAUUUUCUCCAAGAUUGGAGGGAAAGGAGCUGGAGGGAAAGAGAAGGUGGAGACAGUGCCAGCGGCUUCAGCUAUUUUGCCAAGCCAACUUGUGGUGCCUGACUCGUUGUCCUUGCCAUCUCAGUGGGAAGUGGCCCCUGAGUCCCGGGUGGUGUCUCCGAGGGGUUCUGAGGCAUUUCUUGGCGAUGUGAUGGAUAGUUUGGAUAGUCAUGUACCUGAAGGAAGAGAAUCCAUCAGCCGAGAGCUGAGUGCUGAGACAGACAGGAGAAGAACUAGUAGCUUGUGUGUGCCUUGCCUUCAGGUUGAUACACUGGGGUCUUUUUUUCCCUGUGAAGACUUGGAAAUUGAGUCUCCCAUGUCUGAUCAAGUGAAAGACUCAGGCCCAGUGGGCUUCAUGACAGCUGAGGAGUUCCUUGCAAAUCCUUCCCUGGAAGGGUCUGACAGCCUGGAUCAAGAAGAUAGCUUGGGUGUUAGAACCAGGUGUGUGGAGGACCCUGCUAGCUCUGGUUCUGAAACUGGCCUCCGAGCCACCUCAAUGAGUCCAUGUCCAGAUAUCCAGAUCGACCUGGCAGUGGAGAAGGAGGCAAGCUUAGCCUCCUUGUCAGCUCUUCUAGAGGACUCACAGAAGAGCUUCUUGAGGCGUCCCUCCUUCCUGGAGAAAGAGCCUGUGUCUUCCGAAUGCUCAUCCCACAACCCUCAGGAUCUGGCUCAGUUGCCAGGACUGCUCUCCUCCUCCCCCACUGCCCCCAUGGGCACCUUCAGCUUUGAGCCACUCAGUAGCCCAGAUGGCCCAGUCAUCAUCCAAAACCUGCGGAUAACUGGCACCAUCACAGCCCGAGAGCACAGUGGAACGGGGUUCCAUCCCUACACCUUGUAUACUGUGAAGUAUGAGACAACUUUGGACAGUGACAAUACCAGCACCCUCCAGCAAGUUGCUUACCACACUGUGAACCGGCGCUAUCGGGAAUUCUUGAACUUGCAAACCAGACUGGAGGAGAAGCCGGAUCUCCGGAAGUUCAUUAAAAAUAUCAAAGGGCCAAAGAAGUUAUUUCCUGAUUUGCCUUUUGGUAAUAUGGAUGUGGAGAAAGUAGAAGCCAGGAAAAGCCUGUUGGAGUCAUUUUUGAAGCAAUUGUGUGCUAUUUCUGAGAUUGCCAACAGCGAGGAGAUGCAGGAAUUCCUUGCCCUGAACACUGACGCCAGGAUCGCCUUUGUCAAGAAGCCCUUUGUUGUCUCCAGGAUUGACAAGAUUGUAAUGAAUGCCAUUGUGGACACAUUAAAAACAGCUUUCCCCCGGUCUGAGCCUCAGAGCCCUACGGAGGAACUCAGCGAAGCCGAGGUGGAAGGGAAGACGCAGACGGAUGGGAAGAAGUCAACUAAGCCAAGACUGAGAUUUGCCUCCAGUAAAAUCGCUCCAGUUCUAAAUGUGGGAGGGACACAGGAGAAGGUUGCAUACUCUUUCAGAGAAGGCACGAUGGUGUCUGAGCUGCUGUCCUUGGCCAGAAUAGAGUCUUUCAUUCAGAAGCAAGAAAAGCUGCUGGAAUCAGGGGUGACUGAACGGGAAGAAAACGAGGGGGACGAAGAUGCCAAGGCUCUUGAGCAAGCCUUGGAUUUGGACAUGAAAUUGAUGGAGGUACCACAUGGGCCAGCAGAAGGCAACAAUGAGCUUGAAUCCGAGACACUGCUGGCAGACGUCGCUUUGGAUCUUCUCCAUCUGGUCAUGGUUGACCAUUGGAGUUGGCUGUGCACCGAGAACAUACAGAGGCUUCUGCACCUGUUCUUUGGGACCCUCAUCCAAAGGUGGUUAGAGGUCCAGGUGGACAAUCUCACCUGCACUCAGCGCUGGGUGCAAUAUCUCAGGUUGCUCCAGGAGUCGAUAUGGCCUGGCGGAGUCUUGCCAUUGGUUCCCAAGCCCCUCAGGACGGAGGAACAGAAGGCGGCAGCCGAAAGACAGGCCUUGCAGAUCCUUAUGGGAAUCCUGCCUGAAUUAAUUCUAGAAGUUCUUGGGACCAGUAAAUGUCGGCAAAGUUGGAGCCUAGUCCUGGAGUCCAUGCAGCAUCCCAUCAUAAACAGGCACAUGGUUUACUGCCUUGCAGACAUUCUUCUGGAGUUUUUGAUCCCUGACUCCCAAACCAAUGAACCCGGAACAACACCUGGAGCUCCUUCUGCUUGCGGAGUGUCCGAGAGAGUUGGCCUUUCAUCACAUUAGCUUGAAUUGCUGUAGCUAGUCAUUGAGACAAAAGGUGUCUGUGUGCCUAGAGUGCAACCCAUAGGCAUCAACCAUUUCACCAUAGAGCUAGACUCUACUGAAGAAAGACGGAAUUCUUUGACAAAACUGCUCAGUCUAACAUGGAAGAUCUAAUAGCAUUCAUUCCAUAAUUUGAGACAACUGCACCAGUUCCUUGUUAGAAAAUAUCCUCUGUGAAUAAUAUGAAAAUUUGUCAAGAUAUUGCUUGAUAUUCCUGGAUAGAUGUGCUUUUACUCAUUGUAUAUUUUUUUUACCUAGAUAAGCUGGUAGGGUUGGACACUCCAAGGCUACCUGUGUAUGGACAUCCCAUUUCAUGAUCCCUACCUGUUUCUUCCUUACCAAACAGUUAAAGCAAAGAAUAAAAGAUGAAAUAUUUAUGAAUAAAUAAA